GUGGACACCCUGCGCAGGGACUGGGCGCCGGGCUGCCAGGCAGGGGUCCCCGGCCAGGGGGAGCAACGGGAGAAGCCGAGCUGUCCCAGAGCCGCCAGCCCCUUGCGGGGUCCCGCAUGGCCCGGCUGUGAGGGGCUGCCCUGGGGAGGGAGUCCAGGGCGAUGCUGCGCCUGCUGGAAGCCGAGCUGCUCUUCGCUUCCCUGCUCUCCGGCCCCUUCCCGCCGCUCUCCGGGGAUCAGAAGAGCGAAUCUUGUCCCAAGAAUAAAAUCCUGACCGUGGAAUAUUCCUGCACAGGAGCAGGCGGGACGCCGGCCACAUGCUUACGGAGGAAGUGCUGUGAGGGCUAUAGGUUUGUGAUGGGCCAGUGUAUCCCGGAAAGCGUGGACGUGUGCGCCGACUUCCCGUGCGAGCAGCAAUGCACGGACAACUUCGGUCGCGUCCUGUGCACGUGCUUCCCUGGCUAUCGCUUCGACAGAGAGCGCCACAAGACUCACCUGCACCCUUACUGCCUGGACAUCGAUGAGUGUGUGGAAAGCGGAGGUGCCGUCUGCGACCAGCUGUGUACGAACACCCCGGGCAGCUACCGGUGCCAUUGCCAGCGUGGCUAUUACAUAGCGUCUGACGGGACAACCUGCCUGAAAUCUAGCAACGGCACCACAGUGGUCAAGUCGGAGACCCUGAUGGGCACCAGGUCCUGCUCCAUCACCUGUGAGGAGUUCAUCAGUAUGAAACAGACAGUCUCCCAGCUGAGACACAAGCUGCUGCUCCCUGGCUUGGAUAAUGAGAGUGGGAAGUCCUGGAUGAGGAUUAACCAAAAACCAGCAGACCGUCCUCCUGUCCUAGGGCCCCCAGGUCCCCCGGGGCCUCCAGGUGACCCGGGCGCAACAGGGGAGAAAGGGAGUCCAGGGGCAAUCGGACCUCCAGGGCCUUCGGGAACCCCAGGGCCCCGCGGGGACAUGGGGCCAAUGGGACCGUAUCCUGACUUUGCACAUAUCAAAAUCGGACGGAGGGGACCAGUGGGCGCUCCUGGGGCACCGGGAAGGAAUGGCCAGAAGGGCGAACGAGGAUACCCCGGUCCCCGAGGGCCACCGGGCCCUCCGGGCUCCUUUGACUUCCUGCUCCUGAUGAUGGCCGACAUCAGGAAUGACAUCAUUGAACUACAGGAGAAAGUGUUUGGCCAGCGCCGGAGGAUGGAGUUUGAGAUGCCGUCUGCCAACAGCAGGGACUCUGAGGUGCACGAAUGGGGAUCCGGCCAGGAGGAGCUGCUGCGGGGGCCUAGACCCACGCGCUCAGCCACAUGACUAGGUGGCAGACACCCGCUCCCCUGCAGCUGGACUCAGGAGUCGCCCACACUCCAGAGACAUCGCUUGGACACAUGAUGCUCCAGGAUGUUCCGUGGUUGCCAGACACUGCAGCUGAUUCGUCCCCUUGGGCCAAUCUGAUCCACCCAUCACAGUCGCUGUCCAGAGCAGAGAGUCUAUUUAUUAUGAAUGCUAAAUGUUAUAUUUUUACACUAGAAAGAAUGGAAAAGGGGUAUUUUUAUAAAGGUGCUUUUCUGUCUCUUUGAAAAAGACGGGACAUUCUCCAGAUGCAGUGAGGAAGCCCUGGAUUUGCUUUUCUGCAGCAGCUCAGCUUCUGCCAGCAGUUUAUAUCCAGGGGAAAUGUAGGGCAAAUGAGCUGGAAGGAAGGAGUAAAACACAGAGGGCCUGAUUCUCUUCUCACUCCAGUUUUACACCAGGGUCACUGUGUUGAUUUCACUGAGGUUGCUCCUGGUUUAUGCUAGUGUGAGUAGAAAAUCAGGUGCGGAUAAUCUCAGAUCCCCUGCUGAUGUGUCCAAGGGAGAAUUCUUUCCUGACUUCAGAUCUGACCCUCUGUGUAAUCUUACUCCAGAAAGCUCGGUGUAACACCUACUCGGUAUGAUGCUCUGUCCCUUGCUAGCGAUGGCAGGUUGAUGAGGCUGCUACAGCUGGGUCUUUUAGCUCAGACAACAGAAGCUUAUGGUUCCAGAUCCCCACUGCCAAUAACCCACUUGGUAGAAAGAGAGAGGCAGAACACUAAGGGCAAUUAGUAAAAGCU